AUGGUUUCUCCAAGUUUGUGUAUCGGUCAUCCUCCCAUGCAGUGGCUCUCAAACGCUCCUCGUCGUUUCCUCGAUCCCCAUGCUGGUAGCACCAAGUUCAUUGCAUGGACCUCGAAAAUUAAGUUGCUCGUUGCGAAGCAGAUGGCUCAACAGGAAGAAGAUGCCGCAGCCACCUGCGGUAAAAAUAGAAUCCUCUCAACCGCAGCGAAUGUCGCUGCGAAUGCCUUCGUCCAGGUCUUGACGAUAGUAGGCAGCACAGGACGUGAGCAGCGGGUGCUCCGGAUCCGACUGGACCGGUUUUGCCCGGAUUCCCUAGGAGUUCUAGCCUUCGGGACUCGCAACAGUGCCCGCCAGGAUUCUCCUCACCGGCUGCUGGUCACAGUUUCUCUGACCUUGGAUCGCCGAUCGACCCACGGAUCCUUCUGGACCCAACAGCAGCAUGCUUCACGAGCGGUCCACCUAAACGUCGUCUUCGGCGUUCGAUUCUCGAGGCGUUCUCGAAUGAUUCAGGGAAUUGCGCGCGAUCCAAACACUUGGACAGUCAUAAUCGUCGCUGGAUUCGAGCUUACAGAUUUCUCUUGUAUCGUCCUGCUGCAAACGAUCGUUCCAGGGUCCCGUCGCAGCCAGGCAUCGUGUCAAUGUGGAAAUUGCAUACAUUACAUAGAAGGUAUUCCGUCGGAGUCCAAGGGAUAAGGAGAACCAUGUCCCGUUUCCUGGCCAGCUGUCGGAAGCGAGGACCCACGCGUCGAAGAAGAGGCGCUUAAGACGAAGGAGCGAGAGGUCGAGGAUGAAAGAGCGAAGCGGCCAGCACAGCGGAUCCUUUCAGAAGCGGGAAUGUUUAUCUACGUAAUAUUUGCUCACGCGGCCGAGAGGCGUGCGCGCCGUCUGGUGAAAUUUGUUUAAUUUCGCCCGAGUGUUAAUUUUAUAUAAUUUUUACCGCAAACCUCGCGCAACUGCAUCGCGUACGGAGCACCGCGAGCGCGAUUUCGCAGCCCGUUUAGAGGAUCCCUGUGUUUUUCAACUCUCGCGACCGACCGUGUCUUUGGCAACGUUUACUCCACAGUCUCGCCAAGUUCAAGAUAUUGUAAAACGUGUGUGUAAAGCUAUUUCUUGGAAAUAUACUUGCAAUC